UGGAGAGGGCGCGUAGUUUGCUGGAAGGACCUCCCCGGUCUCUCUCUGCCCCUCCAUCGACCCCGCGACGGCCACGCUGAAGGAGCCCGGCGGCUGCCUCGGAGGAAGGGCGCGGCGAAGAGGAAAAAAGAAAGGGCCCCGGCCCCGGCCGAGGGAGUCCCAGAGCCGGAGGAGGUGGAGGCUGCCCUGGGGAGAGCCGGCAGUUUAGCACAUGGAUGUUCUAGAGUGCCAUUUCUUCACUAUGGAAUCCUGGUAAAGUGUGCUGUGGAGUAAAGCAAAACAUGGCCAAGGUGAUAAAAAUGUUUCAAACUCUUCGAAAUCAUUGGAAGAAGACCACUGUUGGGAUCGGCCUGCUCACCUGGGGAGGAAACUGGCUGUAUGGAAAACACUGCGAUAACCUGCUAAGGAGAGCUGCAUGCCAAGAAGCCCAGGUGUUUGGCGACCAGAUUAUUCUUCCGAAUGAACAGAUAAAGAAAGCAACGGUAUUUCUCAACCCUGCAGCUUGUAAAGGCAAAGCCAGAAGCCUUUUUGAAAAGAAUGCAGCCCCGAUUCUACACUUGUCAGGGUUGGAUGUGACUGUUGUCAAGACGGAUUACGAAGGGCAAGCAAAGAAGUUGCUGGAGAUAAUGGAGAACACAGACCUGAUAAUUAUUGCAGGAGGGGAUGGGACCAUGCAGGAGGUAAUAACUGGACUUCUCCGAAGGGCAGAUGAGGCAGCUUUCAGUAAGAUUCCUAUAGGAUUCAUUCCCCUCGGAAAAACCAGCACCCUGAGUAACACACUUUAUCCUGAGUGUACAAACCAAGUCCAACACAUCACUGAUGCCACACUGUCCAUUUUGAAAGGAGAGACCAUUCCAGUUGAUGUACUACAGAUCAAGGGAAACAAAGACCAGCCUGUGUUUGCUGUAACGGGUCUGAGAUGGGGUGCUUACAGAGAUGCAGGAGCAAAAGUCAGCAAGUACUGGUGUCUUGGGCCUCUGAAAACAAAAGCAGCCCACUUUUUCAAUACAUUGAAGGGGUGGCCUCAGAAGCAUCUGGCCUCCCUCACCUAUUUAGGUCCAAUUCCAAGGCCUCCUGAGGAGCCAGAGCAGGCGACUGGUAGACCUCCUUUAUAUAUCAGGAUUUACAAGAGGCUUGCCCAGUACUGGGCACCAACUCCAAAAGAAAUCCCCAAGGAGGUGAUCCCCGAGAUCUGGCAAGAAACACAGCUGUCUGCCAUUGAGUUCGCCAUCACCACUCAAAACCGACACCUUGACCUGAAACGCACUGAAGACUUCAUGAAUAUUUGUAUUGAACCAGAUACAAUCAGUAAGGGAGAAUACAUAAAAAGAGGAAGUCAAAAGAUGCAGGAUCCUCACUUAUGUCCAGAAGGAAGCCAGUGUCUUCAGGCCAGCAGGUGUAUCUUACAGUUUCCAGAGGAUACAGAAGGCUUCUUGGCUAUAGACAGCGAGGAGUAUGAAGUGAUGCCCGUGGAAGUGAGGCUGUUACCCAGGAAGCUACGGUUCUUCUGUGAUUCCAGGAAAAAGGAGCAAAUGCUUCAAAGUGCAUCAUAACCAGAGCAGAUAUCUCUUGUUACCAUCUCAAAGGAUUUUUUUGAACAGUGGAAGUACUCAAAUUCUAAGCAAGAGCUGAAAGCAGUUGAGGUCUGUGCAUGAGUUUGUGUAACCAAGUAUCAGGCUUUCAGAUUGUCUUAAGAACAGCAGAAGGCAGAGAUCAGCAAUGACCAUAGCAGAAUAGAAGGCAGGUGCAAGAAUAAUACUUGGAGAAUUGACUACCCAGUACUGUUACAAGAGAGGGAUGUUUUUAAUGAAAGUGCUAUUUGGACUUGUUGGUAUUGCAUAGUAUUUUUUUCAGCAAGUUAAAUCACACCUUUGUUUUCUUUGCUAUUUGCAUAUUUGAAAUGCAUGCACUCCAAGCUAUGUGACUUCCUGAAAAGUGCACAUUCCUGGGGCUACAUCAUAGUGAUGCAUAUUUUUGUCUAAACAGAGUGAAGUACAAAGCCCUAUUAGGCCAGCAGUAUGUCUAGCCAGGUUUUGCCUACUGUGUUUGGUUGUGGAGAGGUGUCUUGCGACCCUGCCAUCUGAGAUUCAUUUAAUGAGAGCUGAAAUAAAGCUAGGACUUCACGCAUACAAAGUCCAUAUACUA